AUGUUGUACGAGACCAGGGACGAUGAAUGCGAGGAAACCCCCUUGCUAGGCCAUGACCACGCAUCAGAGUCCCGCCGCUCCACCCACGCACGAUGGAUCCUCAUCGUCGUAAGCUUGGGCAUCUGCGCAAUAAACUUUGGCUUUUAUCUGGCGAUGGCCCCGCAGAUCCAAAUAUUCGAGUCAAUCAUCUGCCGGAAACUGCACCCGGAAAUCGCACUUCUUACCACCCAGGAGCAGAUUGAUGCCAGAUGCAAGGCCCCCGAUGUGCAGGGUGAGCUUGCGCUUGUCAAUGGCUGGAAGGAGACGCUCGAUACGCUGCCGGGGAUUUUUCUAGCGCUUCCCUUUGGUCUGAUGGCCGAUCAAGCGGGAAGGAGGAUGGUGCUGAGGUUGAGUUUGCUUGGCUUGAUUGUGGAAGAGGUGAUGGUGCGGAUAAUAGCAUGGUACAGCACGUUUCUUCCCCUGCGGACAGUGUGGUUCAUGUCGUUAUUCCAGAUCUGCGGUGGUGGUACCCCGAUUGCCAGGUCUAUGAUUUUCACGAUGAUCACCGAUGUGUUUCCGGUGGAGAAACGGGCGAAUAUCUUCUUUAUCAUUUAUGCGUCGGGACAGGUAUCUGAGAUUGCCGCAAGCCCUCUGAGUGCCUGGCUGAUGUCCUGGACACCCUGGCUUCCGUAUUUCCUGGGAUUUCUUUUCAUGCUAUGUGGUCUGUGUGCCGCCAUAUGUGUGCCGGAAACGCUGCCCAAAUUGAGCACAUUGAGCGAGACGGGCAGCGAAGACGACGAGGCGGACGAUGACGCUCCACGGACGGUCCGUCAACGUCUUAAAGUUGCCUGGAGUCACGCCAGGCACCAAAUCAUGCAUCACAGCCGGUUCAUCUUCGGCGAACGCAACAUUGUUUUUAUCUCCAUCGCCCUUCUGACGGCCAAUGUGGCUAUCCAGUCGCUCCUGAUCAUGCUACAAUACGUCUCAAAACGCUUCUCAUGGUCCGUGGCAAAGGCGAGCUUCCUCGUCUCCUUGAGAGGAAGCAUGAAUCUUGCCGCUCUACUCCUCAUCCUCCCCGCUCUCUCCAAAGCGCUAGAUAGAUUCCUCCCCCCUAUACGCCGAGACCUGCGCAUCUCCCUCGGCAGCAUCCUCACAAUCGCGGUGGGGCACGUCCUCAUGGCACUAGCUGCCAGCCCUACGGUCUUCGCUGUAGGUCUAUCGAUCUCCUCGCUGGGAGCGGGUUUCUUCCCCGCUCUACGCAGCGUUGCUACGGCGUUGGUGGAUGAGGCCGAGAUAGGCCUCUUGGGGACGACAAUUGCCCUGACGGAGAGUCUUGGUGCAAUUAUCGCGGGGCCGAUGAUGGCAGGCACGUUCAAGUUCAGUAUGACGUUGCACGGCAUAUGGCUUGGUCUUCCAUAUAUGACGGCGACUGGACUCGUCCUGAUAGCUUGUUGCGCGACCUUGGUGAUUAGAGUACCUCGGUUGGUGUAG